AUGCAAUUAAGGGUAGUUGUUGCCUUUCUUGUGUUACUUUGGAUAUCGUUCGUGGAGAUACAUUUAAAGAGAAUUAGAAUUCAGAUAUUAAGUCUUGUGAGAUUGAAUCGUUGUAAUCAAACUCAAGAUCGUUGUAAAUUGCAGAGUAGUUCAAAAAGAAUUAAACUAAAGGAUGGAAGAUACCUAGCAUACAGAGAAAGAGGAGUUCCACUCGACAAAUCCAUAUACAGAAUCAUCACUGUUCAUGGCCUUCACAGCACCAAAGAAGUUGAUGUUCUUGCAACCCAAGAAGUGCUUGAGGAAAUGAGUAUAUAUAUGGUACAGUAUGAUAGAGCUGGAUAUUGGGAAAGUGAUCAAAACAUUAAAAGGUCAGUAGAAAGUGAAGCUUGUGAUAUUGAAGAAUUGGCGGAUCAGCUACAAAUAGGAUCUAAAUUCUAUAUAAUUUCAAAUUCUGCUGGAAGUUAUCCUACCUGGAAUUGCCUCAGGCGCAUACCACACAGGCUAAAAGGCGUGGCUUUUAUUGCUCCGAUGAUCAACUACAAAUGGAACUCUCUUCCUCGAAAUUUAAUCAAAUAUGAUCAUACUAACAAGCUUGCGCGAAUAAUUUAUUGGCUCUGCUGUCAUUAUCCUGAACUACUCUACUCUAUUUGUACACAACAAUUUAACGGUGUUCCAUUGUGCACUGCCUCUUUGUUUACCAAAAAGGACAAGCAAGUAGCAGGGGAUGAAAACAGAGAGCAAUCUUAUAAUAUGAAACUUUAUCCGACUCAAAAUGAUUUUGAGUACUCUGUUCUUCAAGAUUUUAUGGUGGCUCAGGGAAAUUGGGAGUUUGAUCCACUAGAACUUGAAAAUCCAUUCCCUGAAAAUGAAAGCUCAGUUCAUAUUUGGCAUGGCAACAUGGACGAUGUAGUACCUAUUAGCUUACAAAGAUAUGUAUCGAAAAGGUUACCUUGGAUUCAUUAUCAUGAAAUUCCUGAUGUUUCACAUGAUUUCUGGCAGGUUGGUCCUGUUAGUGAACCCGUCUUGAGGUCCUUUCUGCUUGGCCAACAACAUCCCCAUCCCAGUUUACAGGUGGUUAUACAGGACUAGCCCAAGCGAUACGUACCUUGUUAGGGUUUUGCCUUCAUUUUCUCAUAGAUACAUUACUAGUUGCUUCUGCUUCUAUUGUAAAAUUCGAAUUCAUAACAUAAUAAAACAGAUUCUAGUCUGGUUGUGUGUUGUUAUGUUAUUGUUCUGUAAUGUUGAUUGAGUUUUAUUAUCAAACAUGGUUAUUGUUUUA